CCUCCUCGCUGAUGUAAACACACACAGAGCAGAUUAGCUACGGCUGGGAGCUGGAGGCCGUAGCAUCAGGAUUACACAUAUAACCCGCACUAAAUCAUCUAUGCAGCGCUUUAAUAGCCGUGUUUAACCGCCAUGGAUUUCUACAUCAACCUGAAGGUGAAUUUCAGGGGGAACACGAAGAGUUUUCUGCUGUCCGGCUCGGAGACGAAGAGUUGGGAGACGGUGGAGGCCACGGUGAAAAGGUCGUUCGGCUUAUGCAGUCUACAGCUGACGUACUUUGAUGAAGAGAAUGAGGAGGUGUCAGUUAACAGCCAGUUGGAGUAUGAAGAGGCUCUGAAGAGUGCAGCCAGACAGGGGAACAGGCUGCAGAUGAAUGUUUAUGAAACCCGGGGGACCACAGGCAGAGUGCCCGGACCGGGACCAGGCCUGAGCUUGGCUCAGGUGAAGCCGGGCACCAUCCCAGAACCCAAAAAAGGCUUCCGCCCUCCGCAGCACUGCCCAGCUCUGGCGCAGGUGGUGAGCCGAAAAGUCCAAGCUGCUGUGCCUGAGGAGGGCUUAGUGACGCUUAAUGAGAUUAAGGGGGGGAAAGUGGAGGAUAAGACUCCUCCAGCCUGGUUUACAUCAUACAUGGAAAAGUUUAAGGACCAGGUGGUCCGAGAGGCAGUGGAGAAGAUCUGUAGGGAGUUCUCCGGUCAGUGCUGUAUCCAUAAGCCGCUUGGAGCAGAGGCCCAGGUUCCAGAAGUUUCCUCCUCCACGUUGCCCGGAGCCCCGAGCUCAGCGCCGGCCUGCAGCAGCUGCCGUGGACAAACAGCGGGUGGAGGGUACCAGUGCAGUGUCUGCACAUCCUGCACUCUGUGUGAGCCUUGUAGCUUCUCGCAUGACCCCAGCCACAACCUGGUGAGGGCCAGAACCCCACUAUCCAUUCCUGAACAUGGUUCCCCAGCUCCUGACCAUAGCAGGUUCUACAGACGGGGGGACCGGAGUUUCCGUAAGGCGGAGAAACAGCGCUUGAAGGCGGAGAAACGUCAGCUGAAGGCAGAAGUGAAGGAGAUCAGGAAGCAGCUGAGGAUGGAGCGGAGGGGGCUGCAGUGGGGAUCAGCUGGAGACGGGAGUUCCUCUCCGGUUCUUCUGCAACCGCGAGCCACUCAGGCCAACAGCCCAGAGCGUCCUAAGCGACCGUGUCCUCUGGCUGUUCCUGCUAUGACUGCUCUGCUGCUGGAUGAGAAUCUGCCGGAUGGAUCUCGCCUGCGUCCAGGCACCAAGUUUAUCAAGUACUGGAAAAUGAAGAACAGCGGCAGAAUGUCCUGGAGCUCAGAGACCAAACUGAAGUUUAUGUGGGGCAACCUGGCGGUGGGUUCGGGCGAGCGGUGGAGGGAAGUUCCAGUGCCCAUGCUGCAGCCAGGUCAGGUGGGCGUGGUCAGUGUAGCACUGUGUGCUCCGACACUGGAGGGCACGUACACCUCCCACUGGCGUCUGGCACAUAGGGGGGAGCAGUUUGGGCCACGGGUCUGGUGUAGCAUCGUUGUGGACCCCCACGCACCUACUGCCAUCUCCGCUGACGGCCUGCUCGUCUCCCCCUGCGUCACUCCUCAGGAGAAAUCAGCUCGUACACUUGAGAGGGAGGAGAAAUGUCGCGCUGCCUCCAGAGAACAGCUGCUCAUUACGGUGGACCAAGACUGUGACCAGGAAUUCUACAUUCCAUCUGUAGACCUACUUACAGCACAGGACUUGCUGUCAUUUGAGCUGUUGGACAUAAACAUUGUGCAGGAGCUGGAGAAUGUACCCAACAACACCCCAGCAGACAUUACUCCAUGCAUAUCUCCCCUUCCUCAUGAUGGACUUCAGGAAAAGACGACUCUGGGGCUGAUUCAGGAGGAGGCAGAAGCCCAAGUCAAUAGCAUUCUGGAGGUAACCCAGGGGCCGGAGUCAGAAGGGGUUCCAGCCCAGGAGAAAGGGGAAGAGACCAUCAUUGGGCGUCAGUUUGUAAGCGAGUCAGUGAUUCGCUCUCUCACGCUGGGAGAAGUUUUAGACCACACUGUUCUUCACGGGAGAUGCCCAACUAAAGUGCUGCGUCCAGCUCCUCAAGGCUCAGUGUCUCUCUGUGAGAGAAAACCAGAGAAGGUUUCAGAGAUCAGCCCUGGUGAUAGCCCUCUUUCAGAUCCACUUAGAGAGGAGACAGGAGGAAUCCCAUCUCCAGCAUCUCCUGCCUUAGAUCCAGCUCCAGCUUCACUCCACACAGACCCAGAGGCUGCCCCUGAUCCUACUCCACUCCUAGCAGUUCCCACUGAGCAGCUAACUGCAGAUGAAGGUAAUGAGUCCGACAUUGAGCAGAUCUUGGUGGAUCCGGUCAAUGGCGAGCGGUUUGAGGCGGAGGAGGAGUCAGAGAGCAAGAAGGAUAAAGAGGAAGAGGAGGAGAAAUCGAAAGAUGAAGCUGUAGAAGGAGGGAAAGAAACUCGCAGCAGAACAUCCUCAGCCUCCUCAGAGGAUUACAUCAUCAUUCUGCCAGACUGCUUUGACACCAGCCGGCCACUGGGGGAGUCCAUGUACAGCUCAGCUCUGUCUCAGCCAGGUGACGACCCUGACGGAGCGGAUCAGCUGGACAUAGAGAUACAAUCACCCAGCGGGCCAUGUAUUAGCGCCGAUGCUAACGACAUGCUGUGUGCCUCUCAGACUCUGGACUCUGUUUCCCUCACUCCGGUGAUCGUCGCUGCACCCAGACCCUCUGCCAAGUCUAGCUUAGAGUCACAGGAACAGCCAGAAGAGCCUCAACAGCCUGGCAGCAAAGAUGAAGAGGAGCAGGAACAAGAUGCUGCAUCCAGUCCCCCAGAUCCUGGCAGCUCCUGCUCAGCUGACUCUGAAAUACAGGAACUCAAGGCCAACAGUAUAACUGGAGGUUUGGUGAAAGGUGCUCUCUCUGUGGCAGCAUCUGCCUAUAAAGCACUGUUUACCGGGCAGCCUGGCCCUGAACAGCUUCCUGAAGAAGCUGCUACUCAGGAUGCCAUGAUGGCCGUCCUGGUGGAGAUGGGCUUCGGUGACCGGGCGCUGAACCAGCGCUUGCUGCAGAAACACGGCCGGAACCUUCUGGACGUAGUCAACGAACUGGUGCACAUGCAAGACAACGACUGGUACUCCACCCGCUACUGACACCACCGUAGAGCAGUCAGCGUCCGUAUGCCUCUUUCUCUCUGUCUUUUCAUGUGUGUGCAUUUGUUAUCGACCGUGAUCCAGAGUGUCUCUGUGAGCUGCAUUAUGGGUGCAGGUGAGGGGUCUUCAAGUAAAGAAUUACCACAAGCGUUUAUUUCCUGAACACUAAUGUUUGUUCCCGCUCGCUGUUGGAGUGCAUUCAUUCUCAUAUCAUUAAUAUAAGGGCCGUAGUUAAGUAGUUAAAGGUGUAAGGACCUGCUGAGGUAAAGACUAAUAGAAAUGCUCCUUUCUCCUAAACAUUUAAAAGAGCAGUUUGGUGUAAAAUCCUGUGAUACAGAUUUCCCCCUGAUCUCAGACUUAGUUGAUCAGCCAAGACACAUUUUACGUCCAAAUUCUGUUUUUAUUUAUGUUAAACUGGAGCUGUGAGACUAAUGUAGCUAACAAACACUAGAAGUCAGUACCUAAAAGUCACCUAAAUGUUUAGUAACACAUGUUCAAACUGCAUUUGGUCAUCAUUGAGGUCCAAAAUUCACUUGUUGACCAGAAUAUAAAAAGGUUGAAGGGUGCUUAUUUUUCGUAAAGGAAAAAUGAAAAGUAAAGGAAACAAUAGCUUGCACAUCACUUUAAUAGUGCUGUCUGUUUACAAAUAAUAAAACUAAAGUUUAAAUGAACUAAAUGAAAAAAAAAAUCAUAAUCAAGAAUCACUCACAUACAGCUCUGGAAAAAAAAUAAGAGACCACUUAAAAAGAUGGAUGAUCACAAGUUUUUAAACCAAGCUGAACUGCUUGAAUUUUUGCACCAGGAGUGGCUUAAAGUUAUCCAAAAGCAAUGUGUAUGACUGGUGGAGGUGAACAUGCCAAGAUGCAUGAAAACUGUGAUUAAAAACCAGGGUUAUUCCACCAAAUAUUAAUUUCUGAACUCUUUCUGAAUAUGAAUUUUUCUUUUUCUUUGCAUUAAUUGUGGUCUGAAAACUCUGCAUCUUUUUUAUUAUUUCAGCCAUUUCUCAUUGUAUGCAAAUAAAUGCUCUAAAUGACAUUUCUUUAAUUUGGAAUUUGGGAGAAAUGUUGUCUAUAGUUUAUAGAAUAAAACAACAAUGUUCAUUUUACUCCAACAUAUACCUAUAAAUAGCAAAAAUCAGAGAAACUGAUAAAAAAAAAAGUGAGCUCUUUUUUUUUUUUUUUUUUUUUUUUUCAGAGCUGUUUAGGAAGAAUAUUGAGAGACUUUUUUUAAAACAAUAUUGCCUAGCCCUAGCUGACAGAAAGAAAAGGUGUACUGGGGUACAAAAAAAAUCAGCAAUUUUAAAUGUUUUUUUCACAUUUCUGUCUUAUUAACAACUCCUUUGCACUGUAGCCACUGUAGUUAUACCAUUAAAACGUUAGGAUCUAAUAUAGCUGAUAUGUUAAUCUAUGUUUGGGAUCUAUGUUUAAUCUGAUCGUUAACAAAUACUGAGUAUUUAAAUCUGUAUUUAAUGUGAUCAAAAUAUAUUACUUCUGUUUAGCACUUCAUUUAGUAUUAUGCUUAAACCCUGGCGCUCAAACUGCUGCCUAGUAAGUUCAGAAGUUUUGUGAAUUAAAAAAAAAUGCAUUAAAAAACUGAAUGAAAAAAGACAAAAAUCCUUUAGAGAACAGCUGCAAACCCAAACUGAAAAAAAGAUUUUUAAAACAAAAUAAAUUAUGUUGCAUUAAACUGCAAGCGCUAAUAUGGCAUACACCAAACAUUUAAAGUUAAAUAUCUCAAGUUUUAUUAUUUAUUUUUAUAUAUAUAAAUUAUAUAUAUAUAUAAAUUAUUUAUAAUUAUAUAUAAUAUAUAUAUAUUAUUUAUUAACCCCGCUUCUGUAACAAAAAAUGUAGGGAGUUAAGAUGUUUCUUGGCUGAUCCACCACAUUUUUGAGUAAAAGGAAACAUGUAUAAUAAGAUUUUCCUCCAAACUGCUGUGUUUGAUGUGAAAUUGGCUUAAAAUUCAUUCGGCGUUAAGCAAAAACAAUGUAAUUUAAAGAUAAGUUAAGUUGUUAAGGUAUUAUGAUGUUAUGUGCAACAAAUUGACAUGUUUGAACCAAGUUUUCUCACAAGUUUUAUUUCUACUCUACAUUUUUUAAAAUAAAGGUGCCUUAAAGUGUUUGAUUAGCAGUGCCAUAGAACAACCUCUUUUGGUUCCAAAUAGAGGGGUUGAAUAGAGUUUGAAUAACCUUUCAGAGGUCUAAAAGAAAAAAAAAAAAAAAAAAACCUUCUGUCACUUAGACUACAUUCACACAGUGGCAAAGUGAUCAAUUUCGAUUUCAGCACCAAAUUCUAUGUUUAUUUAAGCUUUUUAAUGUGACAAAUCUGGUAUUUAUAUUGCUCUUUGAAACCCUUGUUUUACAAGAAGUUUUGUUUUCAAAUGUGCCAUCAUUGACAUUGCAUGUUGACAUGUAAUUGGUAUGAAUCCUGAUCUGACUGUUUAAAAGUGCUGGGGACAGAAGCGCAAUGGGAGAUGGGUAAAUGGUUCACUCACACAGUUUACACUUAACUUAGUCUGUGUCUCCAGAAGUGCCCAAACACAUCAGAUUACAUAUUUAAUCACUAAAUUUCAGUACUCUCCAUGUUUAAACAACAUUCAAAUAUUUAAAUGCCAUUGAAAUCUCAUGUUCUGCUGUUUCUAUAGUUUUUAGAAAUGGUAGAAAUAAUCGUUAAUCGACUACCGUAUUUUUCGGACUAUAAGGCGCACUUAAAAACUUGUAAUUUUCACAAAAAUUGACAGUGCGUCUUAUAAUACGGUGCGCCUUUUGUAUGGAUUUUACUCGUCAGGUUGUAAGGAGCAGUAAACACACACUCCGUGCAGCGUUAUAGAGAGUUUCAGUGCUAUACAGAGUCCAGAGCCGUGCAGCUCCGAGGCUGAGCAGCAAAUAGCAUUAGCUAGAUGCUAACCGCUAAGCUAGCUAGCUUAUUCACUGAGAUCAGUAUUAUCUAAAUUUUACUCGUCAGGUUGUAAGGAGCAGUAAACACACACUCCGUGCAGCGUUAUACAGAGUUUCAGUGCUAUACAGAGUCCAGAGCCGUGCAGCUCCGAGGCUGGAGCAGCAAAUAGCAUUAGCUAGCUUAUUCACUGUUCAGAGAUCAGUAUUAUCUAAAUUUUACCCGUCAGGUGUAAGGAGCAGUAAACACACAGAGCAGCAAUAGCAUUAGCUAGAUGCUAACCGCUUAGCUAGCUAGCUUUUUCACUGUUCAGAGAUCAGUAUUUUCUAAAUUUAGCACUUUUAAUACUGCUGGAGCAGUAUUAUUAGAGUUAGAUGCUAAUCGCUAAGCGUUCACCGUUCAGAGGUGAGUUAUCGGCCUGUAAGUCUGUGCUGCUUUGCCUGGCUAGCAUUAGCUAGAUGCUAAGCGCUAACUCUCUCAGAGGUGAGUUUUAUCAGCCUGUAAUCUGCUUGUUUACCGUGUUAAAACAAGCUACGGGGGACGAAUCGCUAGCUAAUAUCUCACUGUCUUACCAGAACACGCAGGAUUACUCAGUGUAACGCUGUCGUUUAAGUUUGGGUUAACUUUACUAGUUUAGGUGACUAGCUAGCGUGCUAGCGGAUAGCUAUGCUAACGCUGGUGCAGCAAGCCUUAGUGGACAUCUGGAAAUCUAAGCUUACUGUAAAUAAACUGAAGCACGUUACUCACCCAAAUAAACAGUUUUCAGGAGAGGAAUCUGUGUAGAUUAAUAUCCAGCACUCGUUUGAGCUAGAUUUGUAUACUGAGACGCUCCACCGGCAAGCCAACCCCCCCGGUGGGGGAAGGGAAACAUGGCGCCACCCCUGUUCACUUUGAUAUAGGCACCCUUUCUAGUGUCACUUAACGCGCCUUAUAAUGCGAUGCGCCCAAUGUAUGGAAAAAUAGCAGAAAAUAGGCGUUCUUUGAUAGUGCGUCUUAUAAUACGGUGCGCCUUAUAGUCCGAAAAAUACGGUAAUCGAAAAAAAUAAUCGUAAGAUUAGUCAACUACCAAAAUAAUCAUUAGGUGCAGCCCUAAUAUAUUGGAUCUCAUUACUACAUAUUUAUGACUAAAAUCUUGAAGUGAAAAUUCAGAAGAUUAAAUGUGUUUUUGUUGUUGCUUAGACUGUUGCACAGACUGUAAGUGGUUUUGUGUCACUGUAAAAAAAAAUAUAUAAAUAUUCAUCAAUUCAUCUGAUGUAAUUUCAGUUUAUGGACGCAAAAGUUGUUAUUUUAUGGCAUUGCUCAAAAACCAUUUAAAGCACUUUUAUUCUUGAGGGUGAUCUCCCUGUAAUGUAGGGGGCCAUCUUUGCUUACUUUGCAUUAGAAAUUGUUGCGUGACAGUGAAGCAAUCCACUGAUAUAGACUACAAACACAGGGAUAAUAAAUGCACAAAAUGGGUGUUAAAUGAGUUUAAUAUGCUCAGUUAGAGGGUGUCUUAAUAAUCAAAAUAAGAGGUGGAUUUAGCUUGAACACAACACAGAAAGAUCACAGUAUUGUGGGACUGUGGUCGGGUCUGUGGUUAAAGAUGAUUCAUUUAAAACGUUCACCCAAACGUUCUGUAGUCCAUCCAUACACCAGAACUCCCUUACCCAAAGAAAUGUCUCGACCCUGAAGCUUUGGUGCUUCAUAAACAAGUUUCCCUCCACAAUAGGGUAAAAACAGGUGUGUGAGCUUUUGCGUGGAUGUUUAAAUUGAGCCUUUUCAGCCACAGUUAUUAGUCUUCUUCUUCUUCAGAAAAAAGAAAUGUUCUAGUAUUCUGUCCCACAACUAUAAUCUUUCUGUGUUGUUCUCGAAAGCUAUUUUCUAAGCUCCACAAAGCUCAGCAUAAGGUUAAAUACAUUGUUAGACUGCUGGGUUAGCACAGCUAAGCUACAUUUUUAUCAGUGUCCACAGCAGGAGCUACUUCAGACUGUAUUCACUUUUAAAUACGAUAUGACCAAAAAACAUUUACUGUAAUUUUUUUUGCACUAUAAGGUGCACUUAAAAUCCUUUAACUUUCCUAAAAAUUGUCAGUGCGCCUUUGAAUCCAGUGCGUCUUAUGUAUGAAUUUUACCAGUCCGGUUAUAAGGAGCAGUAAAGUCACUCUGCCAAACUGUAGUGUUAUACAGGAGUUUUGGUUUAGUUCUCCAGCACUGGGGCUGGAGUAGCAUUAACAUUAGCACAUUAGCAUUAGCUGCUAACCGCUAUUUCCCCGUUCAGAGUUUAGUAUUAUCUGCCUGUAGACUGCUGCUAACCUGGGCUAGCAUUGCUGGAGUAGCAUUAGCAUUACCUGCUAACCGUGUUUCGCUAUUUCCCCUUUCAGAGGGGAGUAUUAUCAGACUGUAUUGACUGUGUGCUGCUAACCCCGGCUAGCACUGCUGGAGUGGUUAGCUGCUAAUGCUAAUGCUCAAGCCUAAUGCUGGAGAAAUUUGGAAUUUAAGCUUACUGUAAAUAAACGGAAGCACUCAAAUAAACAGUUUUCAGAAGAGAAUUCUGUGUAGUUUUGUUGCUUAGCUUAGCUUUACUUAACUUAGCUACCCCCCCCAACCACCACCACGACCCAGCUGCUGAAAUAAAAGUUCCUUAUGUCUCUUUAAAAAUGCGCCUUAUAGUGCAAAAAAUACGGUAACUAACUAAACUUGAACUGAUCGAAUAUUCAAAUAGUAAAGCAGGAAAAAUCUAACUUUUGAAAGUGGCAUUCUAAAAUAAGGUAAAUAACAGUGCUUUAAGUAUUACUGCCUAAAACAUUAGCUUUUUUUAAGUGUAGUUAGUGCUCUGAGAAUCAGAACAGAGUCAUAUGAUGUGCAAUAAAGUCAGUCAGAAAUGUGGAACGUCUAAAAAAAAAACGUCUUUAAAGUUGAAAUGAUGAGCUCUGCAUGGUGUUAAGCUGAGGAAUGUUCAGAGCAUUCUAUUUCUGGUAUUUGUUUUGCUAUUUUUUUGGGGGGGGAGGAAUAAAUGCACUUAAAGGUCAGCUUUGUAAGUCUGUGUGACAGUCGCUGAUUAUUAAUCAAUCAAGUUUAUUAUGCUUGUUUAGCUAAUUCCAUAUUAAAGAAAGAAGAUCUCAGUAAUGUAAUGUUAUGGAAAAGUAUUCCAAUGUUUUUUUUUUCUUUUCUUCUGUUUUUGACAUGGGAUGAACUAUAACUGUAUGAUGAAUGACAAAUACUGCAUCAUCCUGCAUCAUGUGAAAUGCUCCAUUCCAGAUAGAAUAAGCGCGGUGACCCAGUUAUAACGCUAAGCUUUAGAGUGGGAAAUGUUUUGGACGGAAAUGAAUCGUAUGCUGUGAUUUAACGCGUGAAAGAAAACAGUGGCAAUCAUGAAAUAUGUACACUUUGCUUCAGUGUUGAUGUUGAAAAGUGUAGAAAUGCUUGUAACGAAGACCUUUUGCUCAUUCCGAAUCAUGAAAUUGACUUACAAUAUGUAUAUUUUGAUAAUUAAAGUAAUUAAAUCUUGUACUAAUGGGAAAUAAGCACCUUAAACAAACAUUCUUUAUCAGGAGAUGAGAACCUACCUGCUGACAGAAAAAGACAGCAUUCCUUUAAAUGCUAUGUAAUCAUCUUCCUGUGACAUUACAGAGCUCCUGCUUGUCAGAAUGCAUGUGCAUAUUUUGUUUGUUUGCGAAGUAAUAGGUAAUAAUUAGGUAGUCACCACACUGUUUGAAGAACAAAAAAGUCUGAAUUUUAAUUUUAUGGACUUAUUAAGGUCUCAAGUAUCAAGAAAAAUUACAUUUCUACAGUUUCAAAGCACACUUUUCACUCCUCAGCUGACUAAAUUCACUUUUUGUAAUAUCGCAAAAACAUAGCUCUCUCCAAGUAUUCGGCUUUACACAGCUUAGAGCCCCAGCCACUUAUUCUCUGUACUGUGACUGUAAACACAAUGGCUCCCUAUUUACAUUUUAGGGCACUAUUAGAUUUGAACUCAAAACCCAAAUUUUCCUAAAGUGAAAUUCUAACUUUUUUAAUUAUACAAUAAUUUCCCAUAAUGCAUUUAUAAAUUACAGUAAACAGGUUAGCUCACUACAUAAGCUGAAUUUGGACCAAACUGCAUUGAGGGUCUUGUUACAAACCAACAGAUGGUGGACCAAACUGAUCUUUAUUUCAAAACUCAGUUUGUGUGAACUGAGCCCCAAACUACAAAAAAAAAAAAAAAAAAAAAACACAAGGUCUCUCCCCUAUAUAGUGCAAUAAUAAGAUGGGGACAGUGUUGUGCAUGUAUGGCAUUUAUAGUUCAUAUUUGCUAUUAAUGCUGAACCGAACAACUUGUUUUACAAAUAAUUAACGUGAGCGUCAUUUACUCUCGCAUGACUGAACGCACAGCCAAUCCAGAGCUAGUUUAUUGAGAGCCUACCCACUUCUUAUCUCCCUGUUGUAUCAGAAAUUACCACAAACUGCAAAAAGAGGUUGUCCGCGAGUGAGUCCAAACACUUAGCCUAAAUAUUCUUUAAAUUUUUUAACAAAAGCUAAGAAAACAUACCUAUAGUUGUUCUAAAAUGUUUACAUACCCCAGCAGAACUUUUGCUUUCUCUGAGACUAUUUUCUCAGAUGGUAAAGCUGCCCAUUCUUCUUGGCAAAAAAGCUUCCAGUACUAAGUUCUGGGGCUGUCUCCCCAGAGAUCUUCCCAGAGCGGCUCUGUGAUAUUGAGGUCAGGAAACUGAGAUGGCCACUCCAGAACUCUCAUUUGUUCUGUUUUAGCCAAUGACUGGUCUUGUGACGGGUUCUUGUGACAGGUCUUGGACAAACUUGGCCUUGUGUUUUGGAUCUUUGUCAUGCUAGAAUGUCCCAUGCGCAGCUUCUGGGAUGAUGAGUGUAAAUUUGUCUCCAGUAUUUGCUGAUAACGUUCCUUUAACAUUGACCAACUUUCCUGUGCCUUUGUAGCUCAAACAUACCAAACAUAUCAGCGAUCCACAUCCAUGUUUUACAGUAGGAACGGUGUUCCUUUCAUCAUAGGCCUGGAUGACACCACUCCAAAUGUACCAUAUGUGGAAAAAGGUGUUGUGUUAUCAUUCAUAUUCUCGUAAAAAUCUGCUGGGUUAUGUAAACUUUUGAGCCAACUGUAUAUAUUUCCAAAAUGAAUCGUGGUGAAUGGAGCUAAACAGCUCAAAACUCCUGGAUAUUCCUUUAAUUUUGGAAAGUAGAAUGAUGUAUUUUGCCACAAAAGCAAAGAAAACUUGCCCUUGUGUUUCACUUUCACAGUUUUACUACAGUAAACCGGUUUGGGCAGUAAAGGUAUUAGCAUUACUGCUACUGUGAGCUGAUGCUGGAGUUACAGUCAGAGCGCUGAGUUUAAAAGUUUUAUAACUUGAGUUUAAUGAAACAUUUUAUAUUGUUCUACGUUGAGGAAUUCAGUACACGUUUCAGUAUAAAAUAUUAUUAUUUAUUAUUUUGGGCUGGUGAUGAAUGGGUAGAAAGGGGUUCUACUAAAAAGAAUAGAAUCUUGUUAAUUAAUUAAAAAAAAACCAUUGAACGUGAACUAGUUCUUUUUGAACUAGAGUGAACCAUAUGAACUAGUUUGUUUAAAUGAGUAUAAACUGAACUUUUAAAACUUAUUUAUGUUAAAUGUGAUGCGGAAGUAUGGAUCUGUUUCAGUCACAGUCAGAGAGUGUUUUAGGCCUGGGCUGCUUUAUAAAUUGAAUUUAAACAGCUGUAAUUCUCACUGCUACUUACUUACAUACUUAUAUAGGUACGUCAAACAGCUAUUCUUCAUAAAACCACAUAAAACUAAUUCAAAGUCAGGGAAAACUUCAUACAGGGAAAAUAAUUGUAGGAUAUGGACACUUUGCAGUAAAGUAGCCUGGCUGCUUGAAAAAGUGCACAUAAAUAUUAUAUCUGAGUGAAUUUAGAACAUAAAGCAACUUUACUGGUUCCAUCAUAUAUGUAGCAUUGAUCAAAGAACCCAUUGAAGCACCUUUAUUAUUACUGAGAAUUUAUCUGAAGAAUUUAAAUAAUAUAAUCCACAUAGAGUAAGGAAAAUUCUGUGAGCUAGGGAAACAAGCCCAUUAGUCAGAGCUUUCAUUUAAGGGUGUGGUUUUAGGAUACCAUUUAGGAUGAGAGAAAUCCUGUUUGUGUAUGCUUGUGGCCUAUUUAUUAAGUGCUUUUAGGGUUAACACAGACAGGCAUGUGUACUUUUCUGAGUUUAUGCCAUCUAUCAACAUUUAUCACAAGUUUUAUUGCUUUUCUAAUGAUCUUCGGUGGUUACUGGAAGUUUAAAAACAGACCAUAAUUACUCUAUCCAUGUGCUUUUAUGGUCUUUUCUGUAGGGUGCAAAAUGUUGGUCCCUCUAGAAGCUGAAGAGAGGGGAUUAUGAUUGGAAGCUGCACAGUGAAUUAACUCAUUCUGUUUGUUAUUUAACACACACCUGAUGUUUGAAUCUGUAAUAAAUGUCCUGGUAGUU